CGAAGAUAUUCCAGAGUUAUCAAGCAUUUUCCAUAUCUGUAUUGCACUUUUGCGGUUUGAAAAGCAGCCGUAGAGUUUCCUGUACAGUAUUUCAUUUAUUUUUGCUAUUUCGUGGUAGAAUUAUGGCCUCUGUGCGACGAAUGAAUCUCAGCCAUGCCCAGCAGCAAAAGCUGCUUGCUGACAACAGGAGAAAAGAGAUCGCGCGGGAGGAUCAAGUAAAGCGAAUCAACCAGGAAAGAAUAUUGGAAGCUAACAUGGCCAGUGAAGAAAGAAUAGAAAACAAACGGUUUCUGCGGCGGCUUCAUCAGGAAGCGACUGAAAGAGAAAUGGACGAGGGAAUUAGAAAACAACAAGAGCAAAAGAUGCUUCAACAAAGGCAGCAAGAACAGGAAGAAAGACUUGCUAAGGAGCUUGAACGGGUGAAACUAGAAAGUCUUCGGGAAGAAAAGCUCACACAGCAGAUAAGAGAAAACAGUGUUGAAUUGAGGGAGCUUGAAGCCAAGCUAAAAGCAGGUUUCAUGAACCGGGAAAGGUCAGCUCAACUGGCAGAGAAGCUGGUCAUGGAACAAGACAGAAAGAGAAAGGAUGAUGAAAUUCAUGGUAAAAUGCAAGAAGAAUAUCAGCGGGCAUUGGAAGUGGAGAGAGAGAAAGAGAAACAACGUUGGGAAGAAAGUGUGCGUUAUCAGGAGCAGCUUGAAGGGCAACUGGCUGAGAAGGAACGCCGCAAACAAGAGGCUUACGAGGAGUUCCUUAAAGAAAAACUCAUGAUUGAUGAAAUUGUGAGGAAGAUUUAUGAAGAAGAUCAAAGGGAGCUUGAAAACAGGCUGCAGAAACAAAUGGCAACACAGAGGUACAUUGAAGAGUUCAAAACAAAACGAGACGAGUGGAAGGCACAUGAGCGUCAUCUUAUGGAAGAAGAGAAUGAACGUAUUCUGGAAUUCGCGAAAAUACAACAACAACGUGAAGAGGACAGAAUGGAGAAGAAGAAACAGCAAGAAGAAAGCAUGGCGGCCGUUCAACAAAAGCUCACAAAGCAGAUACAGGAGGAGGCGGAAGCUAGAGAUGAGAUGGAAAGAAUCCGAACUGAGCUUUAUCUUGAAGAACAAGAAGAAAUGGAAAGGCAGAAGGAAAAGAUGGCGAUUGAAAACAGACUUCGUCAGCGGUUGGACUUGCAACAAACACGUCGACAGCAACUCCAGUUCAAGGAGGCGAAGCGACAGGCAGAGAGAGAAGAAGAGGAUGAGUUUAGAAGAAAGAUGCUUGAGAAGUUUGCCGAAGAUGAUCGAAUCGAACAAAUGAACGCUCAGAAGAGGCGCAUGAAACAACUGGAGCACAAGAGGGCCGUGGAAAAAUUAAUUGAAGACAGGAGAAUACAGUUCCAGAGAGAAAGGGAAGCGGAGCUCGAGGCUCGUCGUGAACAAGAGAGAAUGGAGGAGUACAGGAGACAGAUUAUUGAACAAGAAAGACAGAGAAUGCUCAAAGAACACGCUUCAAAACUCCUGGGUUUCUUGCCCAAGGGUGUGCUACGUGAUGAAAGGGACCUGGAGUUGUUUGAUGAACAAUUUAAAGAGGCUUACAGAACAAGAAGAUUGGAUCACUUUGAUGAAGAUGACGACGAAAGCUAUUAAAAUAACUGAGUUUUCCAAUGCCAUUUUCAAUUUAGAUUUCAAGAGGUAUUACAUGUAAAUACAAAAGCCUCAAAAUUGUGUUUUUUUCGAGAUAUAGUGUUGGUACCAGUUGAAAUGGAAACUUGAUCUUUAGCUUGUCUUAAAUGGUUGGUGAAAUUAAGGUUUGUGGUUGAAAUAUGUAAACAAGAUUCGACGUGUAAAUAGCCGUGCUGUGUUUUUUUUUUUUUUAAAUAAAGUUUCAACAUUUGUCAAUUUGUUUCUGCAUGUAGCUCAGUAACCUUGUUCCUUGGGCCCAGUGUGCUUGGCCGUGAGAGCUCUCUCAGUGUUUUGAUGUUGUGGUUGUUUGAGCUUGAUUCGAAUUGUUUUAGUUAGUUUAAUGCCUGUUUGUAGCACAUAAUAUGUAAGCACUGUUGAGGUGUAUCAGAAAGCUUUCUCGUUCGCUGCGCUCACUCGUUCGGGUAAAAAAUCGUAU